CUUCGUAAUACCUCAGCAUCAGUCUGCACGAGCUCAGGAGCCCGGGAGCUACGAAGGGCAGGCUCAAGGGAGCGCCACCAAAUCCUUUGGGGUGGGGGGACUUGAAUGGCAGCCGAUAGCUAAUAAGCCAGUGUUCUGCUGAUUCACAAUUAUGGAGACUGUGUAAUUGAAGAUAGAAGAGAGGUCUGAAGAAAAAGGAUUUGCCUGCGUUGCUUCUGAAUGUGCUGGACCUGGAACCCUGGACCUUGUGCAUGCUAGCAAGGAAUCUUACUUUAUCUUCUGUGAGGCUCCCUGUCCCAGAGCCAGCUACACUUUAAGGAAGAUAGGGGACUACUGACAAGGGUGGUCCUUGUCUUUGUGGGCACCUCUCAAGGUCUGUAAUUGGAUGCUGGGUAGCCCACUGCUUCAGAGAUCUACACAUGCACUCACUGUGACGAUAUUAUCAGUCUUGGGGCUGGGGAGAUGGCUCUGAUGGUAAAGUGCCUGUCAGACAGGCUUAUGUCUGUCUGUUGGUAUCUUCCAAGCCUCCUGAUUUGCCAGUCGUGGGGGACAGGAAUCUGUGUUUAGAAGAGAAGAUUUUAAGAAAAUCUUGCUGCUUGGCUUGUGCACAUCCUCCACUAGUGGUGAAGUGGACUUCCUUAGCAGAUGUCUGCUCUUACCAGGAACAGGAACUUCUGCAACCUUAAAGUCUUGAAAAGAAGACAGACAAACAAAAACAAGGGUGGCUCCCACUUGAUAGAGACGAAGACCUCAUCGCCGCAAGGUGAGGCUAAGAUGAGCAUUACCAGCGACGAGGUGAAUUUUCUGGUAUAUCGCUACCUCCAGGAAUCAGGUUUUUCCCACUCCGCCUUCACGUUUGGGAUCGAAAGCCACAUUAGCCAGUCCAACAUCAAUGGGACACUAGUGCCACCGGCGGCCCUCAUCUCCAUUCUUCAGAAAGGACUGCAGUAUGUGGAGGCGGAGAUCAGCAUCAAUGAGGAUGGCACGGUAUUUGAUGGGCGUCCCAUUGAGUCGCUAUCGUUGAUCGAUGCUGUGAUGCCCGAUGUGGUACAGACAAGACAGCAAGCCUUUCGGGAGAAGCUCGCUCAGCAGCAAGCCAAUGCAGCGGCUGCAGCGGCGGCGGGCGCCGCCGCCACAGCCACAACCACAGCAGCUACAACACCAGCAGCUGCUGCUCAGCAAAACCCACCAAAGAAUGGAGAAGCCACCGUGAAUGGGGAAGAGAAUGGAGCCCAUGCAAUAAAUAAUCACUCAAAACCAAUGGAAAUAGAUGGAGACGUUGAAAUUCCACCAAGCAAAGCGACAGUUCUUCGAGGCCAUGAGUCUGAGGUGUUCAUUUGUGCCUGGAAUCCUGUUAGUGACCUGCUUGCUUCUGGAUCUGGAGACUCCACUGCAAGGAUAUGGAACCUUAAUGAGAACAGCAAUGGGGGCUCCACACAGCUUGUGCUGAGGCACUGUAUACGUGAAGGGGGACAUGACGUUCCCAGUAAUAAGGACGUCACCUCACUGGACUGGAACAGCGAUGGGACACUGUUGGCAACAGGUUCCUAUGAUGGCUUUGCAAGAAUAUGGACAGAAGAUGGUAACCUAGCCAGCACCUUAGGUCAACAUAAAGGCCCCAUCUUUGCCUUGAAGUGGAACAAAAAGGGGAAUUAUAUUUUGAGUGCUGGUGUGGAUAAGACAACUAUAAUUUGGGAUGCGCACACAGGAGAAGCCAAACAGCAGUUUCCUUUUCAUUCAGCACCUGCCCUUGAUGUGGACUGGCAGAACAACACUACCUUUGCUUCAUGCAGCACAGACAUGUGCAUUCAUGUGUGCAGGCUUAGCUGUGACCGCCCAGUCAAAACCUUCCAAGGACAUACUAAUGAGGUCAAUGCUAUCAAAUGGGAUCCUUCUGGAAUGCUGCUAGCCUCCUGCUCUGAUGACAUGACACUGAAGAUCUGGAGUAUGAAGCAGGAUGUAUGUGUUCAUGACCUUCAAGCUCACAGCAAAGAGAUAUAUACCAUUAAGUGGAGUCCCACAGGACCAGCCACCAGCAACCCGAACUCCAACAUCAUGUUAGCAAGUGCUUCAUUUGAUUCUACUGUUCGACUGUGGGAUGUGGAACGAGGCGUUUGCAUCCACACUCUGACCAAGCAUCAGGAGCCUGUCUACAGUGUGGCAUUCAGCCCUGAUGGGAAGUAUUUGGCCAGCGGGUCCUUUGACAAGUGUGUCCAUAUCUGGAACACUCAGAGUGGAAGUCUUGUCCACAGCUACCGAGGCACAGGCGGCAUAUUUGAGGUGUGCUGGAAUGCUCGAGGAGACAAAGUGGGUGCCAGUGCAUCUGAUGGCUCUGUCUGUGUUUUAGAUCUCCGAAAGUAAACACAAAAUGUAGAAAACAAAACCAUUCUAAUGGACCAGCAGUGAAUGUGUGGGAUUGCAGCAUCCUUCCUAUGAUGGGCUCCAAACUGUGUGAACUUGACUUGUUCGAGUCUACUUGGAAAUCACCUAUCCCUGGCCACAGGAUUCUCCCUCCCCCCCCCUUAAUCUGCAUCCAGAAGUUUAAAACACAAACAAAUACAAAGUCAUACACAUGGUUGUAUCACAGGAAUAUGGUUUCCACCUAGAAUGCUCAGCUGGGGAAGGAUGAAGCCAUCAGCUACAUGGUGCAUGGUUUGGUUUCCAUCCAGAACAGGCUCUCAUGACUGAACAGGGAAGAAAGAACAUAAAGCUGUGCCAAAAAAUAGAGAAAAGGUUUUAAAAAAGAAAAACAAAAAACAAAAAAGAAAAUGCUGUGAUAAACCAAAAGGGAGGAAAAAUCUGCCCCUUAUGGUAUUUCCCUCCUAUCAAUUUGGAUACUACAGUUGCUCUCCAAAAGACCGGUUUGUACCAAUGAAACGUGUGACUUUGUAAUCCCAACGCUGUAUUUUCUAGAACCUUCUUUGGUGGUUUUUCUAUCUGCUAAAAUUCUGUGGUCUGGAGGCCUCCCACCACAGAUGGAAACUGUUUUUGGCUUAUUCUUUCUGUCCUCCCUUGUUGCUCCCCACUCCUUCCUCUGAUGUCCUUGCUUUGGUGUGGUCUCACUUUUAAAGAAAUCCUGCAUAGGUAUGGCCACAUGCACACAACGGAUCUUUGAUGGACAGCACUCCCCUUCCCUCUCGUCCCACCCCUACCCAUCGCUUACUCUCUGUCCCUUUCUCAUAGUUGCUUCACAUUAGGUCCCAAAGGCACUUUCAGAGCAUAGUAAGUGCUUUAUGUAAGAAGGCAGGGAGGGGGACUUUUUACAGAAAAAAAAGACUUAUAAGAGUAAGAUCCUGGAGUAUUUUUUGAAAAAAAUAUUUUUAUGUUAAAAUGACUUUAAAAUCCUAAAAUGGCCAUCAGACAUAGAGAGUUUUGUGAAAUUCAUAUUUAAGAGACUAAGAAGACACUGGCAGAGUCUGAGGUGUCUAAUUACCCCUUUCCCUUCAGCUUCACGAAAGGCAGUUAGGAAAACCGUGGAUUGGGAAGCGUCCUAUGGAAGAAUGAGGGGAUUAUUGGCAGCCGGUGGGGAAGAGCCCACUGGUUUGGCACCAAGCAGAAUGCUGAACUGUUUGAUGCACAUUUACUUCCGCAGCCAAUAGGAACACAGUGAAGAGGCCACCCUGACCAACAGUGUGGCUCCAGGGCACCUGCCAGCUACUUCUUUCUCACAGCAGUGUAGCUACAGAUGGGCACUUUAUCAAGAGUAUGCUUGGUGAAUCUUGCAAAACCGACUCAAGGCCUCCGUGUUCCUCAGUCUCGUGAAGACAAUGAGUAUCAAGGGAGACUUUGAAUCCUAAAAUUAAUUAUGACCCAGGUGUAAUGUCACAGAUCAUUUCUGCCCACUUUACAAUUUCUCUUACAGAAGAUUAGGACGAAGCUUUAAAAAAAAUGAGGAAAAGGAAGAAAGAAUCUUUAAAAAAAAAAAAAAACAUAAGGCGUUGUGUGCCUGGUAAAGUUUGCCAUCAUUGAAUCGGGUGACUUUUGUUUGCUUUCAUAACUUAACACUGACUUGGUUUUUUUUUUUUUUUAAUUAGCAAAGGGGGACAGACCAGAAGGGGCUGGGCCAAGUCAGUGGGACUGCAAGUGGCAGUAUGCAGGGUCCAGUCUGCAGCUUAGGCAAGUAUUACUUAGAGGGAAGUAUCCAUAUAUGGAGCCAGACAUCAACCAACAGGGACGGUGAGGUACUUCCUACACAGCAGACCAACCUUACGACCAAGAACAUGAAUCGUGAAUGGGUCUCCACUUUGAUGUGUAAAUUAUGUGAAGCCCUUAAAAUCCAAGUGUUGUGUUAUUGAGUUGAGCGGUGUGUUUGGACUCUGGCACCUAAACACUUAGCAAAGAAAGCCUGAGUUCUGUGGAGAAUUUGAUUGUAGCAGGUGUCUCUGCGUAAGUGCGUAUGCUGUUUCCUGCCCUGAGAUUGCUUUAGCUUUAGAAUACAGUUUUGGAAGUCCAGCUGAAUCCCACCUUUGUUCCCCAAAUAAAGUUCUGUUCAUCUCUGUAGAAGAUGAGCUGGUAAAAGUCAGCCUUUUGUAAGGACAUGGCUUUCAUUUGACAAGUUCCACAUUGCUGUACGAUGGUGAUGGGUAAAUGGCAUAUAUGGGGUUCAUCAGACAAUCUUUGGGUGUCCAGGCUACACCCCCCAGAUGAAUCUAAGCCACAUAAGAAUUAUUUUGGAGUCAGGUGCUGUGAGACUAGGACAAAAAGGUUCAAUCUACACACGAAGAAACCUAAAAACCAUUUAUUUCCCUGGCCUUGCAGUGAAACAUGGACAGGAAUUUAGUGCUGGCCAUGAGGGGACCAAGCAGAAGAAUGCAGCCCACAUCCCUGAAGUCCAUCCCCAUCAAACAGUUCAUUCUAUAGCUGUUUCUGAAGCGGCCAGCAUUUGGACGCCAUCAUUUGCCCUGCUGUCACAGGGCAGGUGCAUCAUAUUUUGUGGUGAAGGGGUGGCCCGUGUGUAAUGCUGUUACCUAACAUUGUUUAUAAAUCCUAAAACAUUGUGAGGAAUGGUUAAAGUCUUGUGACCAAAUUCAACCUUGAAAGCAGUGUAGUGACAUAGCAGCCUUUACAGGUAUUUUCCCUUGAGUUUGAAGUAACCGCACCAUUCCCAGCACAUCCAGAAUGCUGCCUGUAGAGGACCGAAGGGCCAGAUGGACAUGACAAGGUUCAACUCUCUGACCCCACUCAACACCAUAGGACUUGACUUUUUGUUCUAAGAAAUAGAUCAUGGAGCCAAGUGAAGUGCACUUUGUCACAUGUAAGGAUCUGCUUUGUUCCUUGUUGCUUUUCCCUUUUCAAACCUUUCGUUCUACCUUCCCAUUCUGUUUCUUGUCAAAUGCAUAAGUGUCUGUUCCGCAGCUCACUGAAGUUUUGAAUUCUGGCUUGUGCAGUUUUUAUUGUCUGUGUCAGACGUACAGCCAGACAUGGUCCUCUCAGCAUUUUCCACACUCUGUUAAGCACCAUCAAAACUCCUUUCCCCUUCUGUCCUCUAACCCCCACUCCCACUCACCCCUCACGCUCUUCAAGAAGAAAAAAAGAAUCACCUUGUGUGUUGUAGCUCAUUUGUUUCAAGAGAGAAUCAACAGAUCAUAUUCAGUGUCUUGAAUAAAUUGCUCUAUUUUGAUAUUAGA